AUGGGAUUGCUAGACAGACUUUCAGGCUUGCUUGGCCUAAAGAAGGAGGAGGUUCAUGUUUUGUGCCUUGGUCUGGAUAAUAGCGCCAAAACAACAAUCAUUAACAAACUUAAACCUUCAAAUGCUCAAUCACAAGAUAUAGUUCCAACCAGAGGAUUCAGCAUAGAGAAAUUCAAAUCAUCCAGUUUGUCUUUUACAGUGUUUGACAUAUCAGGCCAAGGAAGAUACAGAAAUCUCUGGGCACACUAUUAUAAAGAAGGACAAGCCAUUAUUUUUGUCAUUGAUAGUAGCGAUAGGUUGAGAAUGGUUGUGGCCAAAGAAGAACUUGAUACUCUGCUGAGCCAUCCAGAUAUUAAGCACGGCCGAAUACCAAUCUUAUUCUUUGCAAACAAAAUGGAUCUUAGAGAUGCAGUGACAUCUGUAAAAGUGUCUCAGCUGCUGUGUUUAGAGAACAGCAAAGGUAACCAUGGCAUAUUUGUGCUAGUGAAGCCAUAA